AUGCCUGCUAAAGAGCUUUCUCGUCCUUGCAUGGACUGCAAGGAUGCAGAGACUGUCUUUACGGUUCGAAAGAGGCAGCUGUGCAGUGAUUGCUACAAGCACUUCAUCGCAUUCAAAGUGCACAGACGAAUGGAAAUAUAUCGACCCGGCAAAACUCAAGAAGUUCGACCCAAAAUACUCCUCCCAUUAUCCCUCGGUGUUUCCUCCUCCGUUCUAUUGAGCAUUGUCGAAGCCCAAAUUCAACAUCAACUCGCCAAGCCCUAUGGCAAGGUAUUCUUCGACCUGCAUGUCCUUGUGAUCGACCCCUCGUCAAUCAAUCCUUCAAGCGCUUCCAUCGACGGCAACUAUAAAGCUUUACUGGAGACAUUUCAAUCGCCCGCCCAUACCAGGCUCUCAAUCCACGACAUAUUUGAUUAUGUUCCAGAUAUGAAAGAAAUCAUUCACGAAUAUGCGGGGUCUCAAUUUGCAGAUGACAGUUCGCUGUCUAAUGAGGAUCGCCUGUCUGCUUUCCGUGCUUCGAUAUCCACAGCAACUUCCGCAGCUGACCUGGACUAUGUUUUGCUGACACGACUCGUUGCUGCGGUUGCGCAGAAACACGGCUGCCAGUCUGUCUUCUGGGGCGAUUCGGACAGCCGUCUUGCGGCAAGAGCACUUGCAGGAGUUUCAAAGGGUCGUGGAGCCUCGAUGACUUGGCAGGUGUCUGAUGGCAUGUCUCCGUGGGGUGUGCGGUUCGAGUUUCCGUUACGAGACUUGUAUAAAACCGAGCUCCUUCAGUACGCGAGUGUGUGUCCAGAACUUUCUGAUAUCGUGAUUCCUGACGUACCGUUAUCAGACAAUGUUCUUACCAAGAACUUGUCCAUUGAUGAAUUGAUGAUACGAUACGUCCAAAACCAGGGUGCAAAGUAUCCCGGCAUCAUGUCGAACGUUGCAAGAACAGCCAACAAACUCGAAUCUUCCUGUCUUGAAGGUGGUGCAUCAUGUGCCCUGUGUGGUGGCCCACGGGGAAAUGUCAAGGGCAACACAGGCGUCACGGCCACUACUCAAUCUGGUGAUUCGGAAGGCUCUCGAUUUUGCUACGGAUGUAUGAGGUCACGUCCCGAUCUCAAAUGCUAA